AUGACUUGGUCUACAUUACAAAGUGCAGUUGGAGGACCUAUUCUGACUUGGUCCACAUUACAGUGUACAGAUAGAGGACCCGAUCUGACUUGGCCCACAUGGCAGAAUACAGAUAAAAGAUCUGCUAUGACUACGUCGACAUUACAGAAUACAGAUAGUGGAUCUACUAUGACCUUGUCCACAUUACAGAUUACAGAUAGAGGAUCUACUAAGACUCCGUCCAGAUUACAGAGUCCGGAGACGCUGUUAUGGAAGUUGUUCAAUGCGGUUUGUCGAUGUAGUUGGUGUUAUUGCUGCGAUUGUUGCCAGAAACAACCAGAAGAUGAUCCUUGCCCAUCAUGUACACACGUUGACAGUGAACGUCAACAGGAAGAUGACAGGAGAUGUUCGGUCGACUCACGACGAUCUUCAGCGGUUGAUUCAAGAAGAGGUUCGUCCACGGCAUCAUGUGAAUCCCGACGACCCAGCACUCCGGCUCCAGUUAUCGAUAUGAAACCGAUAGAGUUCUGGACUGCCAGUACUAAUAAAGAAGCAGUACAGCCUCGUACGCCAACUAGAAGGUUCCAUGGCGAAUUCACGCAAUUUAGUGAUGUCAACAAAUUUCAGCCCAAAUUAUACGAUGUAGUGGAACAUCAGAAGGAACUAACUGAUGAUGAAAAGAUGGCGCGUUAUCGACUCGGAAAGAUACAUUUCAGUUUAGAAUACACAACUGUUCUAAACCAAUUAAUUGUUGGCAUUAUCGAAGCUAGGGAUGUCGCACUACCUAUGUGUAAUGACAAACAGGAUCUGGCACACUCAAACCCUUACGUUAAGUUAUGUUUAUUACCGGACCAGAAAAACAGCCACCAAACCUCGGUUAAAAGAAAAACCCAACACCCGGUCUUCGAGGAAAGUUUCAUCUUUGAAUUGCCAUACAGGGAGGCACAGAGACGAACGCUGUUGUUGUCAGUGCAAGAUUUUGAUAAAUAUUCUCGUCAUUGUGUUAUUGGUCAGCUGAUCUUACCCCUGGAAGGAAUGAAUCUAAUUAAAGGAAUUCGCAUGUGGAAACCGCUACAGCCGAGUACGCAGGACAGCCCGGCAUUGGGUGAAAUCCUGCUGUCCCUCAAUUAUCUGCCAUCUGCAGGCAGAUUAAAUGUUGAUGUCAUCAAGGCCAAACAGUUACUACAAACAGAUAUGGUAGUGGGCUCAGAUCCAUUUGUCAAAAUUCAGAUGUUACACGGAUUAAAGUUAUUCAAAACAAAAAAAUCAUCUACAAAAAGAAAUACCAUCGAUCCCGUGUUCAAUGAGUCAUUUAACUUCAAUGUAUCUCCCGCCAUGCUGUGCGAUACAAGUUUGGUUCUGUCAGUAUGGGAUUAUAACUAUAAAUGCAGAGAUGAUUUUGUUGGACAGUUGGCCUUGGGCAGGUACUCUUCAGGACCAAGUGAAAUGACCCACUGGAAUAGAAUGCUACAUUGUCAGCGCUCACCAGUGGCACAGUGGCAUUCACUGCACACACGCGAGGAAUGUGAACAGAUAUCGCCUGCUUCUGCGGCUGUGUCUUGA